AUGGAUGAAGUUUGUUCCACUCAACCUACUGACUUUAUAAAUAAUGAUGUAAUCAGUAAACCAAUGGAUAAGGUUCCUGUUUUAUGUGUUUAUGCAUCUGAAAAGAAAAUUAUGGAAUAUCCACUUGUGAAAAAGUAUGUAACUAUUGGGCGAGAUCCAAAAUGUGAUAUAUGCAUUAAAUCUUCAGCGAGUGAUUUUCUCUCUUUUUUUUACUAUUUAGAACUACUUUUUAAA